UAAUAUUUGAUAAAAAUUUACAACAUUAAAAUUAACAUAUUGUUUAAUAAUAAAGGUUAUACUUUAUUUUCAAGAUACAAAAUAUACUAGAUACUAGUGAUACUACACCAAUUAAUUUAAUAGAUAAUUCACUGAACAUGCCUAACAUAUCUACUGCCGAAAAUAAUGAAACAGUUAAUUCCUGGAAAAGUUUAGAAGGAAGGAGAAUAAUUGAUGUGAAAUAUGUUUUUGAAAGUAUUCAAUCAAUAAAACAUUUAAGAUUUGAUUGCACAUUUCGUGACUUAAAAUUUUCAAAAGAAACAAGGAGUGGAUUUUUUAGUUCGUUUUAUUUUGAUUGCAAAAUGUGUGGUGCACAAGAAAUUGUAAAAAGUGAAAAUCCCAAUGGCCAAAUUGUUAAUGUAAAUAUGGCCAUGGUUUCUUCUAUAGUAAAUACAGGACAAGGAUACUCACAACUCGAAGAGUUUUCGGCUACAAUGAAUAUGCCUAAUAUGUCUAACAAAUUAUAUCAAGAUUAUCAUAAUAAUAUUUUUAAACACCUUAAUGAUUUGGCAUGGAAAGAAAUGCUCAUUGCUGGACAGGAAGAAGCUAGAUUAGCGAUAGAAAAAGGUGAAGUUGACCACUUAGGACGACCUAAAAUUGCAGUAGUUGCUGAUGGCGCUUGGAGUAAGCGAUCUUAUAAAACUAAAUAUAACGCACUAUCCGGAGUUGCUUGUAUUAUUGGUGCAAAAACAAAAAAAGUUAUAUUUUGUGGAGUCAGAAAUAAAUAUUGUUGUAUAUGUCAGUUAGCUGAAAAUCGUAAUGAAAAACCACAGGAACAUGUAUGUUUUAAAAAUUGGAAUUCAGCCUCAACCGCGAUGGAAGCCGAUAUUAUUGCUGAAGGGUUCAAACAAAGUCUGCAUAUGCAUAAUGUUGUAUAUUCUCAGUUAAUAGGAGAUGGUGACAGCAGUAUUAUGAAGCGUUUAAGAUUGGAAAAGCCAUAUGGAACAAAUGUUAUUAUAAAAAAAGUAGAAUGUACUAAUCAUUUACUACGUAACUACAUAAAUCGUCUUAGAGAUAUAAGUGGGAAAAGAAAAAAUGAUAAAGGAAACGUCAUACCGGGUUGUUAUCGGAAAGUGGUUCAUGAUCGUUUACUAAGGCUUCGGUAUGCUGUCACUGAAGCGAUUAAAUACAGAAGACUUGAACAAACAGACCACACAUAUGAAACAGCAUUGGAUUUACUGAAAGCAGAUAUAACAAACGGGCCUAAUCAUGUAUUCGGAGACCACUCUAAAUGCCAAUCGUAUUUUUGUGAAGGUCAAAAAAAAGGAGAAGAAAACAUUGUACCUGAUUUAAAAAACUAUGGUGUUUGGGAUGAUAUUUGCAGAGCCCGAAAUCUUCUAACCUAUCAUACCGAAAGUUUAAUGUAUGGUUAUAAUAAUAAUUCAGCUGAACUUUAUAAUUCAAUUUUAACUAAAUUUGUCGGAGGGAAACGAGUAAAUUUUUCAUUGAAAGGGUCUUAUCAACUAAGGUGUAACGCAGCAGUCACUGCUUAUAAUUCAGGACCAAACCGUCUUUCUUUGUUUAACAAACAUUUAACAAAUAAAAGCCCAGGGAGAUUUAUAAAAAUGUAUAUUAAAAGGCAAGUAGUAACUGUUGAAACUCGAAGACGACGGCGGUAUCUUUUUAGUGGACCAAAAAAUAGAACAAAGAGUACAACAAUAGGAGGACCAGACGAAAAUUAUGGUAAUGUAUCUCAUGACCCAUUUUCUGAACUUACUGCUGUUGAAAUUCAACAGUUAAAAAUGAAGUUCAUGGAAAAUUUAAAAUUAACUGAGAAACAAAUCCAAGAUUUAGAAAUGAAGACUAAAAGACAACAUCAAUGUGAUGAAUGGCAUUUGGAGAGAAAAAAAAGACUCACUGCUUCAGUGUUUGGUAAAUUAUGUAAAAUGCGUCAAACCACUUCUCGUGAUAAAGUAAUAAAAGAAAUGUUGUAUGGGACUUUUAGUGGCAAUGCUGCUACACGUUAUGGAAUUGCACACGAAGAUAUGGCUAAAGAAGAGUUGGAGAAAAUUAUUGGAAAAAAAAUUGAAAAUGCUGGUUUAUUUGUAGAUACAAAUUUACAAUUUUUAGCGGCCUCUCCCGAUGGAUUAAUAGACAAUGAUAGUCUUGUCGAAAUUAAAUGUCCAGCGUCUGCAAAAAAGUUUUACUCCAGAAGAAGGAAUUUUAAUGAAUAAAAUAAAAAGUUGCACAAUUGAAAACGGUCAACUACAUUUGAAAAGAAAUGAUAGUUACUUUUAUCAAGUCCAGGGUCAACUGCACAUAACACGCAAAAUGUUUUGUU